AUGUCCCCGUGCCUGGCCUCCCUGCUGCUCUUCUCCCUUGCCCUCCAUGGCGUCCUGGCCCUGAGGCUCUGCUCCUUCAAUGUGAGGUCCUUUGGGGAGAGCAAGAAGGAAAACCAAAAAGUCAUGGAUGUCAUUGUGAAGAUCAUCAAACGCUGUGACCUUAUACUCCUGAUGGAAAUCAAGGACAGCAACAACUACAUCUGCCCCAUGUUGAUGGAGAAGCUGAAUGGAAAUUCACGGAGAAGUACAACAUACAACUACGUCAUUAGUUCUCGGCUUGGAAGAAACACAUACAAAGAACAAUACGCCUUCCUCUACAAGGAGAAGUUGGUGUCUGUGAAGGAAAAAUACCUCUACCCUGACUACCAGGACGGAGACACCGACGUGUUUUCCAGGGAGCCCUUUGUGGUUUGGUUCCAGUCGCCCUUCACUGCUGUCAAGGACUUCGUGAUUGUCCCGUUGCACACAACUCCUGAGAACUCCGUUAAAGAGAUUGACGAGCUGGCUGAUGUCUACAUGGACGUGCGACGUCGAUGGAAGGUGGAGAAUUUCAUCUUCAUGGGUGAUUUCAACGCCGGCUGCAGCUAUGUCCCCAAGAAGGCCUGGCAGAACAUCCGUUUGAGGACGGACACCCACUUUGUUUGGCUGAUUGGGGACCAAGAGGACACCACAGUUAAGAAAAGCACCAACUGUGCCUACGACAGGAUUGUCCUUCGAGGACAAGAGAUAGUCAACUCCGUGGUUCCCAAUUCAAAUGGCGUCUUUGACUUCCAGAAAGCUUAUAAGUUGUCUGAAGAGGAGGCCCUGGAUGUCAGUGAUCACUUCCCAGUUGAGUUUAAGCUACAGUCUUCAAGGGCCUUCACCAACAACAGAAAAUCUGUUUCUCUAAAGAAGAGAAGAAGAGGCAAUCGCUCUUAGGGCAUCCGCUUUUGUGCAUUUUGCUUUGUUUUCCUGGAAUUCUUCCUUUACUUGAACCCGUGCACUCAGCAACAGUGAGAGAACAGUGACACAGCAGGCCCUGCUCCUGGUUUCCUGUCUCAGAAGCAACCCCUCCAGGCAGCCCUGCGUCUUCCUGAAGGUGUCUGAGCGUCAACAAGCACCAUAUAUAACCUGUGGAAAUACAAUGUCUAUCA